GUUCUGUUCCCCCGCACACAUCCCUAAUGACAAACCAUCAUUUCAGGCUAGAUUCCUGCAAGAGACACAGCUGUGCUUUGGGUAUCUCCCUCUUUAUUUUUUUGAAAUAGGUGGACAGACAUUGCACAAUUGGAGCAGCACGGGACAGAGUAAACUGGUUGCCAUGGCAACAGCCAGAGUAAAGCUGUAAGAAGACUGAGGCCAGCUCACUGAUAUGCACAGUUCAGAUAGAACUUGCUGAGAUGCACAGUCAGCCUUUUGGAGAAUCACUGGUGCUUCCUUUUGUGCGCAGCCGCUGAGAUGAGCCAGGCCUUCCUCCACCGUCGGGUGCCCAAGAGCUGAGAGGACGUUCCCGCCAGCCGUUGUCAACAUGCCUUAUUUCACCAAGCACUUUUGGGGGGAGAAAAGCCAUGGCUUCGACGUCCUCUAUCACAACAUGAAGCACGGGCAGAUUUCGGCCAAGGAGCUGGCGGAGUUUGUCCGGGAGAGGGCGGCGGUUGAAGAGGCCUAUGCCAAGUCCAUGGUCAAGAUGUCCAAGAUGGCUGGCAACAGCACCCAGCUGGGGACUUUUGCGCCCCUCUGGGAGGUCUUCCGCAUCUCGUCCGACAAAAUGGCUCUGUGCCACGCCGAGCUCGUGAAGAAACUGCAGGACCUGAUCAAAGAGAUCGGCCGCUACGGGGACGAGCAGCUGCGAGCGCACAAAAAGUCGAAGGACGAAGUGGCCGGCACGCUGGAGGCAGUCCAGGUCCUGCAGGGGGCCACCCAGCAGCUCCCGAAGGCCAAGGAGACGUUCCACAGCCGUUGCCAGGAUCUGGAGCGGCUGCGCCGGGAAGGGGCCGGCCAGAGAGAGAUUGAGAAGGCAGAGCUGAAGUCCCGAAAGGCCGUUGAAGCCCUGCGGCGUGCCGUGGAGAAGUACAACGUGGCCCGCAAUGACUUUGAGCAAAAGAUGCUGGAUUCCGCUGCGCGCUUCCAGGAGGUCGAGGAGUCCCACCUGCAGCGCAUGAAGGCCCUGAUCAGCUCUUACAUCCACUCUGUGGAGGACACCCAUGUCCAGAUCGGGCAGGUGCACGAGGAGUUCAAGCAGAACAUGGAGAACAUUGGCGUGGAGACGCUGCUGCGCAGCUUCGCAGAAAGCAAGGGGACCGGCUGCCACCCGCCAGGGCCUCUGGAUUUUGAGGAGCUGAGCGUGACUCCUGUGCAGGAAGGACCCAAGCGGACCCGCAGCAAAGCCUUCCGCAUCCCUGGGCUGGGCCGCAAAGAGCGCGAACGGGACUCUGCAGAGUCUCCAGAUGCUGAUUCAGGACCCCCAGAAGUGGACGAAGAGGGCUUCACUGUCCGGCCUGAAACAAGCCAGAAUGGGGAACACAGCAACCCUUUCUGCUCCUCCAGCGACUCUGAUUAUGACGACGAGGAGCCGCACAAGUUCUAUGUCCGGAUCAAGCCCAUCCAGCCACGGGAGCGGACCAGCAGCGCCGUGGCCGUGGAGCAGCUCAAGGCCUCCGUGGGCAGCCUCAUCCUGCCGCCCGGCCUGGGGUGCACCAUGAAAAGGCAUUCGUCCCGGCACUUGAAAUCUCUUGCCUCAGCGACAGCGGAAACAGACUCGGACCCUGCCCCCGUCCCAGCUGACAAGCCGGGUCAUGCGCCAGCCCCUCGCCUCGCCACCCAGGCAAAGAGCACUGACAGCAAAACUGAACAAGAGGCCUUGCCCACCUCUGCACUCUUUGGACCCCCGCUGGAAUCUGCCUUUGAAAAUGAAGACUGCACAGCCGCCCGGUCGUACCUCUUGGCAUCAAGCCCCUCCCCAUUCUCCUCCUCCUCUCCCGAGAACGUGGAAGACUCUGGCCUGGACUCACCGUCGCACCUGGCAGCUGGGCCCUUCCUGGAGUCCCGCCUGUGGAGCCCACGGCCCAGCACCCCGCAGAGCCCCCUGGGUGGCCAGCGGCCCCCCAAGAGCACCACCGGUCUCCGUGGCAGCUGCAGCAGUCUGCCGCCCGACAAGGCCCCCAGCCCCUGGCUUCCCCAGCCGGCCUCCCAGGAGCUCUCCUGCUUUGCCACAGAGGUUGACUGGUCCGAUGCUGGGCCUGCCUGGCCCGGGGCGGCCCAUGGCGACGCUGCCGCAGGCUGCGAGGGCUCCUCGCCAGACCCCUUCUCGCUGGAGGGCGCGGCCUGCCAUCGGCGGGCCUGGCCACUGCCGGACUGCACGCCCCGGGCCUGCGAGCGCGACAGCUGCCUCUCGUCCAACUCGGCGUCCUCCUCCUCCUCUUCUCCGGCGCCCCCAAGCAGCGGCGACUCCACCAGCCCGUCCCCCUGGGCUCCACGGGGCAGAGACCCGGACAGCGGCCCACCCUCCGUCCCGGAUCUUUCAGCCGAGCCGGUUCCCCUUCCUCCCUGUGGGGCACCCGGUUUGAAUCCUGUUAUGGCACCUCCUCGGCGCUGCCGUGCAAAAAGGCCCCUGGUGGCUUCAGCCAGCUGUAUUGGCAGCGAGACGCCUCGUUCCCUGAGCCCUUCCCCACUCUGGGCUCUGUCGGCUUCUCAGAGCUCGGCCGGCCCGACUGAGCGCACCUUCUUUAUGGCCACCCAGCCGGGACUCGGUGUCUCCCGGGGGCCCUCCCCCGUGGUCCUGGGCUCUCAGGGGGCCCUGCCCGUGGCAGCCGCCUUCACGGAGUACAUCCACGCCUAUUUCAAGGGCCAGAACCCUGACAGCUGCCUCGUCAAGGUGACCGGUGAGCUCACCAUGUCCUUCCCAGCGGGGAUCAUUCGGGUCUUCAGCAGUGGCCCAGCACCGCCUGUCUUGAGUUUCCGCCUCCUCCGCACGGCAUUCAUCGAGCAGUUCCUUCCCAACGCAGACCUCCUGUAUAGCGAUGCAUCGCAGAGCGACCCUGCCCGCAAGGACUUCUGGCUCAACAUGGCCGCCCUCACCACGCAGCUGCAGAAGCAAGCCGAGCAGGCCGUGGCCGCCCCGUAUUACAACGUGACCCUGCUCAAGUACCAGUACUCCAAGCAAGGCCAAGCCUGGGCACCCCUCCAGCUGUCUGUGACCUGGGAGUGCUCCUCCGACUCCACCCGGGUGCGCGUGGAUUACAGCUACAACGCAGCUGCCCUCGCCUCGGCAGCCGCCCUCUCCAACGUCCAAGUCCUGCUGCCGAUAGAGGAACCCGCUGCCAACGUCCAGCCACAGCCGGAAGCUUGUUGGAACCUGGAGGAGAAGCGGUUGCUGUGGCGGCUACUGGACGUCCCUGGAGCUCAGGGCCAUGGAGGCUCCGGAUGCCUUCUGGCCAGCUGGGAGCCCUUGAACGGCCCCAGCAAGCCCAGCCCAGUGGCCGCCCAGUUUACCAGUGAGGGCAGCACGGUCUCUGGGGCGGAUGUGGAGCUGGUCGGCAGCGGGUACCGGAUGUCGCUGGUGAAGAAGAGAUUUGCCACAGGAAUUUACCUUGCUGGCUCCUGAGCAUCCUUUAGCCUUCUGGUCUCGUGUUUUCUGCUUUGUUUUUAAAGUGUGCUGGGAGAAAGAAAGACAGGAAGACAGAAUAGUAUCUAUGUAUUUUUAAAUUAUUGAAUUUUGCCUGGAUUUUAAACACUGGAGGAAAAAGCAUGGUUGGGGCUUCAGGGAGGUGCAGGAUCCAUCCCCCACCCGUAGCCACAGUCGGAGGACCAGGUGGCCUGGAACCCUGCGAAGUCGCUGUGUGGAACAGGAAAGGCGGCUGCGAUGUGCACUGACGGGCUGCGGCCCUGUCUCCUGCUGUCUCGCGUGGCCUUUUCCCCAGCCUGUCUGUGCAUUGUCUGCUCACAACCCCCUUUUGCAAGCAGCCUCAGUGCUGCGUUCCGGGCCUGGGAAUGGCUGUCCCAUUUUCGCAGCUUCUGGGACACACAGCCAUGGGAAUGUUGCUCUUUUAAUAAAAAUACUUGAUUUUCUAAUAAACUUAAAACAAAUUAAUUGUAA